GCUCAAACACCGUGUGCCGAUCUGAUCUCUAUCUUCGAUGAAAUUUGUUCACUUCUCCUCGAAGAAAAGUAUUGUUGUGAAAGACAAGGUGGAGCAGCAACCGUGCUGCAUCAGGUCGCAGACCCUCGUUUGGAACGUGUUCUACUGCGUGAUUGCUGCUGUUUAUUCUUGUGCGCCGCCUCUUCGACGUAGUCUCAAUUUCAACCGUCGUUGGUGGUUCUUUGAGAUCUGCUUCAUUCCGGCACACAACUCGUGGAGAGGACAUUGGUUUUCAACCGGUACAACUUCAAACGCGCACCGACCACUACCAACUAGAUCCAUCACCGAUGCGUUCGUUGUGUAAGAUUUUCUGAGCACCACGCAAACCCAUGGCGCGUAGCGGGGACCGACCGCGGUGGAAGACGUGGUCUUUGGGCUGCGCUCGGCAAUCUUGUCGUCUGUUUUCCGCCGCGCUCGUCGGGGUAUUGCUUUCCUUUACUUCUACGAAUGUGAGCGCCGUUGCGUUUCUCGCAAAGCAGCCUGUGCAGGAACCAGCGCUGACGAAAAGUUUCCAGCUGCCCGAAAAUCCGCCGGUGUCAGAGUCGAAUGAGCUACCGAUACCAAUAGCAAAUAUGUCUGGGCCACCUGGAAGUUUGGAUGCUGAAGCACGGACGGUGAUGAAACAUUUUCCGAUGCAGCCACGGAGCGCAAGUUUUUACCUGUGCUUAAUAUCUCUGACGAACUGCGUUUUUGCGAUGAAAAACGAAACUGCGCGCUUGCGGGUUAUGCAAUAAGUACUUGUUACAGAUUUUCUGGGAGUGUGCGACCAGCGUUACAAAUUCAACCUUUCUCCCGUCCUAGAUGCAUUUGCGACGCAUAGCCGACGCAGAAAAUCUAUUUGCACCAACUGAUGAACUGCGACGACCGGGGCGCGGAGUUUACGAGUGGUGGAAACGCUUUCUACCAGGACUUUCAGCCCUACAUCCACAACACGCACUCGGUGACCAUUUGCGGGCAAAGUACCUUCUGGUACUACUCGACGCCAGACAUGGACCAACGAGCGAUUUUGGGCGGCAUCCGGCGGUGCGAGCAGGACAAUACCUUGGGGUAAAAACGUCCCCACGAUUCGAAGAUGGUCAAGAUGGGAAAUUGUUCGCUGCAUAAAUCCAGAGGUUUUAUUGCGAACUCCGCGCGACAAAUUUGGAUACUGCCCACUGUAAGUAGUCGUGCGUUGGUACUUAUAAAUCCCGCAUAACAAACAUGUAUUUGGAUUGCAGGACCUUUAAUUCCGAAAUCAUACCAUUAGAAAAUGUUUUUCAUUUUUUGAUGAUUUGGGACUCCGCGUGAGAAACAUCCUGAGCAUGCAAGUUUGCUGCAAAUCUUCUAGCUAGGGGUCGUGGUGACGUUUUUACCGACGAUACACAACGCGGUCAAAUCAACGGACUCGUGCACGUGUUACGACCUUCCGCAGGCGCAGGGGAACCUCGUGGAGAGCUUCACUGUGGAAUACUGUUAAAAUUGACAGUUAUCUCCUGAGCAAUAAACACGAAGAGGAAAGUGUUUCCUCUAGUUUACACACAAAGAUUGUGAUGCAGAAGAAACUUGGUCAACACAGAGAACGAAGCUACGUUAUAUGCGGAAGAUGCUCCGGAGCAUCGCUUGAUGCAUGCCUUCUUGUGUAAUCUUCGUAUUGCAGUAGAUCUAGUCACUCAGAUCAAAUCUGUGUUGCUAAAGGGGCAAUAAAGGUGUGUAAGUGGUGCUGUCGUGAUGCUUUUCUCUCAAUACAAUGAUGAAAGUGUUAAUAUGCACGAGGCAGUUGUACAGUCUCCGCAGAUUUUGGUUUGUAAGCUGAAUUUUUUUCCAAUUCGAUCCACUAACUUACUACUUGAAACCGCAAUUCUUUUUCCAUUCAUUUUGCGACCUAGCAAGAAAGUCAAGUGGGUGUACAUGUCUUCGCUCCCAACCAGAAGGAAAAAUGACCGCGUGCAAACUUGCACGACAGAUACAAAA